GCAUCUCAUCUGUCUUCGGUGAUCGUCCAAGAGCUUUCAUAUCACUACGUCAAGCUUACCCUUGUGUACUUGCCCGUCCGGAGGAGUACUUUCAGCACUGCCUUUCAGAAACCUUUCACGACAAUGGAGAAGAACGGUGCUUUCAGCAAGAUGUACCUCAUAGUGCCGAUGGUCCUUCUCGGUUUGUCCAGCAUGGUCGGCGCCGUCGACAUCAUCUUCUAUGGGGACAGUGGAGGUUGUCGCGGAUCCGGAUACUCGUUCAAUGGCAUCGACAGACAAGUUUGCUGCAUUGCAAACGGAGGCUCGGUGCUGUUUACAGAUAUGGACGGCUGCAAGACCAGCCUCGUCUACAGGAACGGCGGUUGCGACAGAGACUCGGUUGCCUCCGGCACGGGAAACAGAUGCUACACCGGUGGAGGUUACACAUCCGGCUACUGGUACCAGAGCUGCAGACGCCGCUCGCUGCUCGGUGACGCUCCUUCGGACAUGACUAAGUGCGAGAGCAAAGCCAAGCCCACAGGUCUUGUGUUCACCGAGGACUCAACCAAAGGCACCUGGAUUCUCAAAUCCUCAAAUGCUGUUGAACUAUCGUCUCAGAUCGAGAGUAUGACCGAUGCAGAGAAAGUAAACUGGUUCCAAGCCAACGGCGCAAGUUUCCACAACAUCGCUGUUACAGAGACCGUGAACUUAAACUGAAUCUAAGUUCUCAAUGAGCGUCCAUCUGUAGUACGGAGAGCUGUUUUCACGCAUAAAUGUCUGUCCCGAACGGAUGAUGAUGGCGCCCCUGUAGUACACCUCCUGGUAGUCGUAGACGCGUUAGAAUGAAGAAAAGUUAAACUUUCUGUAGUUGGCUUUCGAAUUCAACGCUCUAUGUCCUGUCUUCAAAGGAAGUAAGGCUAUAGUUGCAUAUGAUCUUACCGUAUAUACCUUGAAUCUUGCUGCCGACUCAGCCUUGAGUGCCGCGCAUAUGUAAGGACAUCAAGGAAAUCGUUUGCUACUUGCAAACUCCAUGGAAUAAUGAUCGAGAAUCAAUAAUAAUUUUAUCUUUUUUUUUAAACGU